UACGCCAUUCGACAAUUUUCGUUAACUUUCCCAAAGCAACUGUGUACAUAUUUGCCAAGUCGAAACAACAUUCUUCGCCAGCGACCAAUGUUCAGUUAUCUAACCAUGGCUAAUCGCAAUCUGGUUAAAGUUCUUCUGUUGGUGGCAUUACUUGGCUUAAGUCUUAUGCCAUUUGGUCAGGCGCAUCCAAAACGUGGUCGUAAGCGGGCCUUUGGUGUUGGUCUUUUGGGCGGAGCUUUAGCUGGCGCUGUCAUAGGCAAUGUUGUGGCCAAGUCCCAUCAGGCUCCCGCUGCCGCUCCUGCUGCUUCUGUAGCCGUAGUGCAUCACCACUAUCCGCCGGGUGCUCCUGUAGCGCCUGCUCCGGCAUCCCAGCCAGAUCCCAAAAAGAUGACUGUCGUCGAAACUGGCACACCCGACGCCAAUGGAUGCUACACACAAACUAUUCGCGAACCCAAUCCCAGCAAUCCAAAGUCCUACACGGAGACUCAGCACCUGAUAUGUCCCACGCUGCAGCAGGCCAACCAGCCGGCACCAGCGAUCGCUCCGAGCGUUGCCCAGGUUCCUGUGAUGCCGCAGCCCUCGCCAGUUUUCCCUGCCGGAUCUCAAUUUGUUGUUCCGGCUCAUGUUGAUCCUGCUGCUCCGGCUGCUGCUCCAGCUCCUACUGCUCCAGCUGCCCCUGUGGUUCCUGUUGCUCCACCUGCUCCUGCUGCUGGUCCUGUCGCUCCUGGCGCCCCUGUAGCGGUUCAUCCUGCUGCCCCCGCGCUCGUCCAUCCUGCUGCUCCAGCUCCAGCUCCGGCGCCGAUUGCUUCCCCAGUUCAGCAGAAUCCUGGCCAGCCACAGGUCAUCCUGCUCUCGAAGAAAACCGUGUACUAUCCCAAAAAGCGAUCAUCUGCGCCCACACUCAAUAUUUCGCAGGGUGUGCUGGCCAUGCUAGUGAUUUUCUACUCUAUCAAGGCUUUCACAUAUUAAAUUCCAAUAUGGUUCAAGAAAUUUAUUAAUUUAAAA